AUGAUAAAUGAAAACUAUUAUAUCUUUAAUCAUUUAUUACUGUUUUUACAAUAAAUUACAUUAUUUAUUAAUUAUAGAAUAACAGUCAUAGAACUAUCAUAAUUAUUGCAAAAAUACCUAUUGAAUAUUGUUAAAGAUAACAAAAUUCUUCAAGAAUUACAUUGUGGAGAACUGAAGUUUAGAAUUUUAGUAAUUAAAUUUCUACAUCAUUUAGAGAUUUAUUCUUAGAAACAGCAGGAGUUUAUGGAAGCUGAAUAAACUUUUAAGUAGAAUAAAUAAAAGACAUUUAUGAAAAUGGAAAAUAAAAGUGCAAGUACUAGCGAUGAUGCUAUAGUUAAAUUGCUUUGA